AUGGCACGACCGGGAGCCAAGACGACACGGGGGGCCGCAAAGCCGGCAGCCAAGCCGGUCGCCACGCCCGCUGCACCAAAGCCCACGGCCAGCCGCAAGCGUGCCGCGCCUGAAUCUUCGCCUGUGGACGAGGACGAGCCCGAGUUUGCCGUCGGCGGCGACCUCGAGCUGAGCGAGGACGAGGAGGUCGAGGAGGGCGGUGAGGAGGACGACGAGGAGGAGGAGUUCCCCGAGCUCGACGACGACGAGGACGUCAUCCCUGCGCUUGACAGCGGCUCGGAGGAUGAAGCUGGCGACGAUGAGGCCGACGACGCCGACGACACAUCCGACGAGGAGAUUGACGACGAGGACGACGGAUCAGAGUCGGGCUACAACUCGUCCGACAUUGAGGCCAUGUACGGCUCGUCUCCUGACAGCUCAAUACUCGCGUCGCCGUCGUCGGGCAAGCGCGAGCUCGACACGGACGAGGCCCUGUCCCGCCUGAUUCGCAAGAACACGGUCAAGCCCGACGAGAGCCUCGGCGCCGAGGGCAAGCUCUCGACGGCCAAGGAGAGCAAGGGCAAGCUGCGCCCUUCGCGACUCGUUCCCGGCGGCUACACGCGCGAGUACGACGAGAUCGAGGCCGGCUACGGAUCCGAGAGCAGUACCGAGGACAACCCGAACACGAUCGGCAACAUCCCCAUUGAGUGGUACGACGACCUGCCGCACAUUGGCUACGACGUCGAGGGCCGCAAGAUCUUCCGUCCCGCCAAGGGCGAUGAGCUCGACAAGUUCCUCGCCAACACGGGCGACCUCGGCGCCUGGACCAGCGCAGAGGACAAGCUCAUGCAGCAGAGCGUCCAGCUCACCGACCGCGAGCUGGAUAUCAUCCGCCGUUUGGAGGCCGCCGAGAACCCCGAUGCCGACUACGACCCGUACCAGCCCACGAUUGAGUGGUUCACCGGCGAGGGCCGCGAGCGCAUCAUGCCGCUGUCGGCUGCUCCCGAGCCCAAGCGCCGCUUCGUGCCGUCCAAGUGGGAGCACCAGAAGGUCAUGAAGAUUGUCAAGGCUAUCCGCGAGGGCCGUAUCGUGCCCGGCAAGCCCACGUCUGUCGCCAAGCCCAAGGUGUACUCGAUCUGGUCCGAGGCCGACCAGCCCCACGGCACUGACCACGCCAUGUACAUGCCUGCGCCGCAGCUGCCACCACCAAAGACGAUCGAGUCGUAUAACCCGCCAGAGGAGUACCUCCUCACCGAGGAGGAGCGCAAGGAGUGGGAGGAGGCCGACAAGGAGGACCGCAAGACCAACUUCUUGCCUGCCAAGUACGACGCGCUCCGCAAGGUGCCAGUGUACAAGGACCUGGUGCAGGAGCGCUUCGAGCGCUGUCUCGACUUGUACCUCGCGCCCCGAACAAGGCGCGUCAAGCUCAACAUUGACCCCGAGUCGCUCAUCCCCAAGCUCCCGUCGCCGCGCGAGCUCCGCCCCUUCCCAACAACCCAGUCGGUGCAGUACCGCCACCCGGGCAACACGCGCGUGCGCUCCGUGUCAUUGUCACCCAAGGGCGACUGGCUCGCCUCGGGCUCCGAGGACGGCGUCGUGCGCGUCUGGGACGUGGCUACUGGUCGCGAGGUGUGGCGCUGGAACCUCAAGGGCGGCCCGGUUCAGCAUGUUUCGUGGAGCCCCAACGCCGACGAGGCGCUGCUUGUCGCGCUUGUCGAGGGCAGAAUUACCCUCCUGUCCCCGCUUGCGCUCGUCGCGCCCGCGGUCGCUGCCGCGACCCUCACCCACGCCAACACUGGUUAUGCUGCCAGCGCGGCGACGACCAAGAUUGGCGCUGGCAAGGACCUCAAGGGUACCGAGGCAAUCAAGUGGGUCCGCCCCGGCGAGACGCAGCGCGAGCGCGGAGAGCUCGUGUACGUCGACGUCCCCGGCACGCCAAAGCACGUCACAUGGCACCGCAAGGGUGACUACUUUGCCACUGUUGCUGCCGACGCGCAGAACAAGGCGGUUCUUAUCCACCAGCUCGGCAAGCACGCCACGCAGACGCCGUUCCGCAAGACGCAGGGCGCCGUCCAGCGUGUCGCCUUCCACCCCCUCAAGCCGUGGUUCUUUGCUGCGACGCAGCGCUACGUGCGCCUGUACGACCUGGCUGCGCAGAAGCUGGUUCGUACCCUGCAGACUGGUCUCAAGUGGAUCUCGUCGCUCGACAUCCACCCAGGCGGCGACAACCUCAUUGUCGGCUCGUACGACAAGAAGCUGGCAUGGUUCGACAUGGACGUCGGUACCAAGCCGUACAAGACGCUGCGGUACCACUCGCGCGCGCUGCGUGCGGUCCAGUUCCACCCCACGCUGCCGCUCUUCGCGUCGGCAUCGGACGACGGCACGAUCCACAUCUUCCACGCGACAGUCUACAACGACCUGACGCAGAACCCACUCAUCGUCCCGCUCAAGAUCUUGCGCGGACACCGCAUCACCGACACGCUCGGCGUGCUCGACAUGAGCUGGCACCCCGAGAAGCCUUGGCUCGUGAGCUCUGGCGCCGACGGCGAGUGCCGUCUCUGGUGUUCGUAG